CCGCCCCCGUCCGAGGCUUAUAUAAAGCAGGUGACGCAACCGGAGCGGACACAAGCGCAAGGCGACGCAGAAACAGAAGUACGUUUUCAUUUUCUCCAACUCAUCGGACCGUCUGAUCCAGAACCUCAGAACUUUAACAGAAUGAUGCUGCAGCAUUCGGGUCUCACUCUGGCCGACAUCAGCUGCUCCGCCUUGGUCUCCUGCCUCUCCCCGCCUGGCACGCUCACCCUGGACGACUUCACUAGCUUCACUCCCAUCGUGAAGGAGGAACUCCGACUGGCCAUCCAGAAUAAGCGGAUGUCCAGCGGGCUCAGCGUCGAUGUGAGCUCGGACAGCUCAAGCUCGGACCGGGCUUCCGAGCGACCCUUGAGCAGGGCAGGGGUCAAGAGAGAGUUGAACCCAGAGGAGCAUGAGAGGAAGAAGAGGAGAAGAGAAAGGAACAAAAUUGCAGCUGCAAAAUGUCGCAACAAGAAGAAGGAGAAAACAGAAUCUCUGCAGAAGGAGUCUGAGAAGCUGGAGAGCGUCAACGCCGAGCUGAAGGCCCAGAUCGAGGAGCUGAAGCAGCAGAAGCAGCAGCUGGUCUACAUGCUCAAUCUGCACCGGCCGACCUGCAUCGUCCGAGCUCAGAACGGCCAGACACCUGAGGACGAGAGGAACCUGUUCAUCCAGCACAUCAAAGAGAGCACCUUACAACUCCACAAUCUCACCUCUACCUCCACUUCCUCCUCAUCUACCUCCACAGUCGCACCGCUCGAUGGAGGAGUGCUGACGCUCGACGACAUUCAGUGUUCAAGUCAUCUAUGAUCCCUGCUGGCUUCUUCCUACUGCUGUAGCAAAGACUUUACAUGAACUCAGUUUCAGUUUCUUCUACUGUCCAAAGCUGCUGAUAAACUGGUACAAAAUGACAUUACGCUCCCUAAAACUGUAGCUGCUGGUUGGACUGUUGGGACGUUCACCGUUACACAUUAUGCUUUAUUGUAUUGUUUGUGAUGCAUUAUGACAGUCUGGGCCAAGAACAGACACUAAAGCACUGAAACCAAACAAAACAUCUUUUUUUAUAUAGUUUGUCUAAUUUUUGUACCAAAGUGUGAUUUGAAGGUGAUUAAGGCACAUAAUAUACCUUUUCACUGGUGAGCAAAGUAGAUGUGAGUGUGUCACCUACAGAUGUUUGAAUGUUGACUUGAACAUGGCACUGUUUAGUGUAUUCGUAAUAGUAUAUUUAUUAAAGGAAUACAGAAUGAUCUGAUGCUGUGCUAACAACACUGUGUGUGUCCUGUAAACCGGUAGAACUAAUACUACUGCUGUUUACCGCUCAGGAGCUGCACUGGCUGUAGAUUUUUGACUUUUUUGUCCUCCUGUGGGAAUAAACCUCUAAAAAUAUAAAUCAGUUCCUGAUAAGAAAGGAAAUUCUGUUUGCAUGCAGGGUAAAAUUCUGCACCCAGUGGAAAAGCCUUUAAUAAGGAACCAAUCACCAUGUAUGCAGACGGUUAGGUGGAGUUCAUUUAAAUUUGGCUUUUUUGGAACACAAAUUCCAAAUACCAUGAAAAAUAUUAUCAUAUAUAUUUUUCCUCUGUAAAGAGAAAGCUGCCCCCAUACAAGUAUUAUUUUACAAUUAUUUUAAAUUCUGCAUACUUUAUUUUCUUGUAUUAAGCCCGCGGUGCUGCAUGUAAACGGCAGAUACCUCAUUUGGUUCUAACAGAACAAAACAAUGUUUUUUGGAGAUAUUUAUUUAGUUGUUCGCUGAAAACCCAGAACUGCUUUGUUUUUUAAACCUUAUUUGUGCUAAUCCUCUACUAACUUUAAUUUUUCUGCACUUGGUCAUUACAGAAAAAGCUUUAUUGUUCUGAUAAAAACCUACAAACUAAAGAUUUUAAUAUCAGAAAAUAAAUUCCAUUCUUUCAGUCACUAGUUAACUCACACAGAUAAAGGGAAUAGUACUGAUCAGAAACUGUCUAAUUGAUUUGUUUAAGACAUUCAUAUUGGAGGAACUGGAGGAUAUUUUAAUAUGAGGACAGAUAAUGUACGGGGUUUUUAGUGACGAUGUUUUAAUGUAUAAAUUAUUUGAUGUACAGAUCAAAAACCUCAACAUUCUAUGGUCAUGGUGUACGUAUAAUUUUAAUGAUCGUUGUACAUCCUGACGCUAGAUAAUCACAGGCAGCGAGUUUAAUGUAUAUUUCACUGUGCCUCAUUCUGUCACUGAAGGCUGUUUUGUUUUAGUCUGACUGAAUAAACUGUAAAACUUCAGGUAUAACCGCACUGCUGCCACCACCGUGUUCUUCCUCAUCUGUUGUUGAUGCUCUUUUACAUUAAAAAAUGAAUUAUUUUA